UGAAAGUACCGAAAGGAAUUCUGGGAUGAUGGCGGCGCCCACGGUCUGAGGUAAUGUAGGUGGAAGGGAUUGCCGGGUUUUCGUUUACGUGUGUGAAGGAGAAGCUGGCUGCGUGUGACAGAAACCACUGAACAUAAAUUCCCUGUACGCUGGCACUUUUAUGAUUUCUGAAGAAGACGCUGUGCCAAGAGAAACAUGGAGGAUGAUGCAUCUCUUCACAGACUGGAGGGCAGCGACCCCUCUGCCCAAGAAGGAGGUUUGGUGGUGAAGAAGAAGAACUUAAGCGCUGAGCAGCAUGUGUUUAAAGCACCGGCUCCUCGCUCAUCACUACUGGGGUUGGACCUGUUGGCGGCACAAAAAAGGAAAGAGAGAGAAGAAAAGGAGCGUCAGGAAGGGGACAAAAAGACUAAAGUUGGCUCUAGAGACUGGGAGGAUAAAGAGAAAUCUUCUGAGGGGUCUGGGGACAGGAUUAGCCGGGGAAGUCAUGGGGACAGACAUUACAGAACAGCUCGUGUGGAGACCCCGUCUUAUACUGGUGGAGUAAAUGAGGAGUUCUUGGCAAGAAACCGCCAGAGAGAGCGGGAGAGAAGGGAGCACGGGGUAUAUGCAUCUUCAAAGGAUGACCGACGACGAAAGGAACGCAGCAGCCGAGACAGGGAUGAUCGUAGCCGCAAGAGCAGCAGGUCUGAGCGGGAUAGAUCAGAGCGUGAUGGUGGGUCAGAGCGAAGCUCACGGCGCAGUGAGCCUGACAGUCCACGACACAAACCCAGAGACUCCUCUACACCUUCUCGCUCAGGGUGGGAGGAAGAUGACAGUGGGUAUUCAGGUUCCCAACGCUCCCAUUGGGAGUCUCCGUCUCCAUCUCCUUCCAGCAGAGAUUCUGAUCGCGGCUCUCGCAGUGACCGAGACAGUUCGAGAAGGGACAGGUCUAUAAGAAUCCGGUACACAGAUGAUACACCUCUUCCCACUCCGUCAUACAAAUUCAAUGAAUGGGCCUCUGAGAGACGUCAUCUUGGAUCCACGCCGCGUCUAUCUCAGGGAAAAGGGAAACAGGAAGGUGAUGAUGAUGAUGAUAUUCCCUUCACAUCAGAUGAUGAUCAGAGGCAAUGGGAGGAGGAUCAGAGGCAAGCAGAUCGAGAUUGGUAUAUGAUGGAUGAAGGAUUUGAUGAGUCUCAUAAUGCCCUGAGCUCCACCUCUGAAGAAUAUGUGCGCAAGAGGGAGCAGCAGCUGCAGAAACAGACUCACAAGAGAGUGUCUGCACAGAGAAGGCAGAUAAAUGAGGAUAAUGAGCGCUGGGAAACAAAUCGCAUGUUGACCAGUGGUGUAGUUCAGAGGCUAGAAGUAGAUGAGGACUUUGAGGAGGACAAUACUGCUAAAGUGCACCUACUGGUCCAUAACUUGGUGCCUCCCUUUUUAGAUGGUCGAAUUGUGUUCACUAAGCAGCCUGAGCCCAUAAUCCCAGUCCGCGAUCCAACUUCAGACAUGGCGAUCAUCUCCCGCAAAGGCAGCCAGCUGGUACGCAAGCACCGUGAGCAGAAGGAGAGGAAAAAGGCUCAGCACAAACACUGGGAAUUGGCUGGAACAAAGCUUGGUGAUAUUAUGGGCAUCAAAAAGCAGGAGGAAGAGUCUGAGAAGCCAAUAAAUGAGGAUGGUACUGUGGAUUACAAGGCAGAACAGAAGUUUGCAGAUCACAUGCGAGAGCGCAGUGAAGCGAGUAGUGAGUUUUCUCGGAAGAAGAGCCUCAUGGAGCAGCGCCAGUUCUUGCCCAUUUUUGCUGUCCAGCAGGAUCUACUUACCAUCAUUAGGGAUAACAGUAUUGUCAUAGUUGUGGGAGAAACAGGCAGCGGAAAGACAACACAGCUGACUCAAUAUCUGCACGAAGAUGGGUACACUGAUUAUGGUAUGAUUGCCUGCACACAGCCACGUAGAGUGGCAGCCAUGUCUGUGGCAAAACGAGUGAGCGAAGAGAUGCAAGUGAGCCUAGGAGAGGAGGUUGGCUACGCCAUUCGAUUCGAGGACUGCACAUCAGAGAAAACCCUCAUCAAGUACAUGACAGACGGUAUCCUGCUCCGAGAAUCCCUGCGUGAGGCCGAUCUUGAUCACUAUAGUGCGGUCAUCAUGGAUGAGGCCCAUGAGCGUUCUUUGAACACAGACGUGCUGUUUGGGCUGUUACGUGAGGUUGUCACACGUAGGUCUGACCUGAAGCUGAUAGUUACAUCAGCUACAAUGGACGCAGAAAAAUUUGCCUCUUUCUUCGGUAACGUUCCCAUUUUCCAUAUUCCUGGACGGACAUUCCCUGUUGACAUUUUAUUCAGUAAGACCCCCCAAGAGGACUAUGUGGAAGCUGCUGUGAAGCAGGCACUGCAGAUCCAUCUAUCCGGUUCAGCUGGAGAUAUUCUAAUCUUCAUGCCUGGGCAAGAAGACAUUGAGGUAACAUCAGAUCAGAUUAUAGAGCGCCUGGGAGAGCUGGAGAGUGCCCCACAAUUGGCUGUAUUACCAAUUUACUCACAGCUACCCUCUGACCUUCAGGCCAAAAUCUUCCAGAAGGCACCAGACGGUGUGAGGAAAUGCAUAGUUGCUACUAACAUUGCGGAGACAUCACUGACUGUGGAUGGGAUCAUGUUUGUGAUAGACUCUGGGUAUUGCAAGUUGAAGGUGUUUAAUCCACGCAUUGGUAUGGAUGCUUUACAAAUCUACCCCAUCAGCCAGGCCAAUGCCAACCAGCGUUCUGGCAGAGCUGGAAGAACAGGCCCUGGCCAGUGCUUCAGGUUGUAUACUCAAAGUGCUUAUAAGAGCGAGCUGCUGUGCACUACUGUCCCAGAAAUCCAGCGCACCAAUCUGUCUAAUGUGGUUCUACUACUGAAGUCAUUAGGAGUACAGGACCUUCUUCUAUUCCACUUUAUGGACCCACCUCCAGAGGACAACAUGCUCAACUCUAUGUACCAGCUGUGGAUUUUGGGAGCUCUUGAUAACACGGGUUCUCUCACAUCCACUGGCCGUCUUAUGGUUGAGUUUCCUCUGGAUCCGGCAUUAUCCAAGAUGUUGAUUGUGUCUUGUGAUAUGGGAUGCAGCGCUGAAAUCCUCAUAGUUGUUUCCAUGUUGUCUGUACCAGCAAUCUUCUAUCGACCAAAGGGACGCGAGGAAGAGAGUGAUCAAGUGAGGGAAAAAUUUGCCGUCCCAGAAAGUGACCACUUAACGUAUUUAAAUGUUUUUCUCCAGUGGAAAAACAACAACUAUUCAAGCGGCUGGUGCAAUCAGCAUUUUAUCCAUGCCAAGGCAAUGAGAAAGGUCCGUGAAGUCCGUGCACAGUUGAAGGACAUCAUGGUGGCUCAGCGCAUGUCAUUAUCAUCCUGUGGGUCUGACUGGGAUGUGGUUCGUAAAUGCAUCUGUGCAGCUUACUUUCAUCAAGCUGCCAGGCUAAAGGGAAUCGGUGAAUAUGUAAAUGUACGGACAGGAAUGCCUUGUCACUUGCAUCCAACCAGCUCCCUUUUUGGAAUGGGUUACACCCCAGAUUAUAUUGUUUAUCAUGAACUUGUGAUGACAACCAAGGAAUACAUGCAAUGUGUCACGGCAGUAGAUGGUGAGUGGUUAGCAGAGCUAGGUCCUAUGUUCUACAGCAUAAAACAUGCCGGCAAAUCAAGACAGGAAAACAAGCGCAGGGCAAAGGAGGAAGUGUCUGCAAUGGAGGAGGAGAUGAUACUGGCUGAAGAACAACUGCGCUCAAGGAGAGAAGAGCAGGACAGGAAAAGCACAUUGGGCAGCUCAAGGUCUUCAAAGAUUUAUACCCCAGGAAGAAAGGAACAGACGGAACCAGGAAGCCCACGACGAACUCCAGCGCGAUUUGGCUUGUGAUCCCAUUUGUGUAUUUAAUUGUUCACCAAACCCAACUCGCCUCGCUGCUUGAGAGCAGAUUUCCCCUCUAGGACAUUGACACUUGUGAGAUACAAUUUCCUUGGUUGGGGGAGGGUGUUGACCCUAACAUUUAUUGUAAAGUGGAAUAUUGUCAUUUUUAAGCAAUAAUGUACCUUUUGAUGGUGUUAAGACGUGGAAUGUUUAUUUUUACAUACAUUACGAAUAUCUGA